AUUUUAUUUUAAUUUUUCUUGGAAUGUGUUAAAAUACCAAGGGACUCUUGGGACUAAGGCCUGACGUCAUUCGACCCCUAUUUCGUGACGUACAUCCAUUUUUAGAAAGGUAUAGAAAAACCUAAUUUACAACGCUCAUAACUUGUUAAAAUGCUAAGAACGUUAGUUUGUGUCGAUUCAUUGUCAAGUAAAUUUUCUUUCAGCGUUGAAUAUUACAGAUAAAUAACUACGUGGCGGUUGUUUUAUUGCAUAAAAAAAUUAAUACUUAAUAUUAAUAUUUAAAGAAAAAGUUCAUAUACAUAAGACUUUAUUGUGAAAAACUAUAUAAUUAAAUUUUAAUUUAACUUGAAACAUGGUGGAAAAAUGUGGGACCAGGACCUGAGGUCAGGCGUCAUUCCACCCCUAUUUCAUGACGUAUAUCCGCUUCCAAAAGAGACUUGACGAGCCCGACUGAUGGCUUGGAAUGUUAGUUUGUGUCGAACCGUCAUCGAGUAAACUUGCUUUUGAAUUUAAUAUUAUAGUUAAAUAAAAUAACAUCGUGGUCGUUAAUUUAUUAAAUACAAGUGAUAAAUAUAUAAUCUCGGUAUUUUAUAUAUAAUUAAUAUCUACAUAAGUGGUAAUUAAUUUUUUAUCGGUUUUUACUAUUCCGAUGGUUUGUAAUAUUCUCGGAAAUAAAUAAUUAAAAAUAUUUUUAAAAAAAUUUAAAAUUGAUUAAUGUUAAAUGAAAUCAGCAGUAGGUAACAAGUUUGUGGUUGAAUCUAUAUAUAGACAUAGUAGACUGUAGAUUAAUUUUCGCGCCUGAAGUUGACUCGAAACAAGUCGUCGCGCAUAGCAGAGGUGUGGAUAAGUCAUACAUAUAAGUGUAUACGUUAUAACGUGGUAAUAUGGUAUCAGUAUCAGUAUCAGUAUGAUAUAGCCGCGACACCAAGAAUCGCAUGCAGUCGUGCUGGUGCUGUUGUAGAGGAGCAUAGAGGAGUGGUGCUGACUUAAAUGCAGACUACAGUGACUACUUGUACAAGUCAGCUCCGCGUGCGCGAAUAAUCGGUGUGCUCUUGCUCUGUUUCUCUGUUUCGGCCUCAAUACCACCAGACAAACAUCAUCAUCAUCAUCAUCAUCACCAUCACCACCAUCACCAUCACCCUCUAUCAAGUAACAGCCAUACAUCUGUGUCUAGAUAAAAGCCUCUAGUUUAUUUAUCGUGUAAAAAAAUAAAAACAUUCAAUUGACAUAUCCAUUAAAAAAUUAACGACUAUUUGUUAUUAUCAUUAUAAUUUAAAACAACACCCAAGUAAUUAACCAUCAUUCGCUAAUUAACUAUUAUUUCAAUUGCAAUUACGUGUGAUUCGGUUUCUCAAAGUAAUAACAACAAUAAAAAUUUAUAUUUAUUAUAAAUUGCUCAAUAUCAAGGUGGUAAAAUAUAUAUGUAUAUAUAUAUCAUUGCCGCGGCUGUAACGUGAAUCGUGGUGGUAUCCGAAUAUUCACGAGUCUCAUCGAUCGACUGACGACUCACGACCGAGAGAAGUCGAGAGAGAGUAGAGCCGAGCUGGAGCUAGAGAGCAUAGAGAGUACCACCUACCACGGUCAGAGGAGGCCAGAGGAGACCAGAGGAAACCAGAGGCGGCCAAAGCAGGCCAGAGCUCAACACAGCUCAACAGAACAGAGGAGUACAGAGGAAGCCAGAAUACUGAGUGAACCAGAAGAGGAAUAAUAGGUGUGCCGCCGUGCCGUGACUUAAAACUCCAUUCACUCACUUUUUUUUAUCCAGCAAUCAUCAGUCUAGCUCUCUAUAAAUUUAACUUUCACACAAAACAUAAAUCUAUAUAUAUAUAUAUAUAUAUAUAAAUAUAUAUAUAUAUAUAUAUAUAUAUGUACAUUUAUUGAUAAUUUAACAAAACGCAAACUCGGCCACUGGUAAAUAUAUAUAAAUGCUUAUACCGUCCUGGCCGUCUGAUAGCUCUACCUGUCUUGCAUCGUCUUGACAGUAUAAGAAUUCAAUUCGAGAUAAGCUUUUACUAUUUACUCAACUUGGAUACCACUAGAACAUUAAACGGCUAUAAUAGAUAAUAGAUGAUAAUAAUAAUAAUAAUAAAAUAGUAUAUUAUAUUUAUUGUCGAUCGAUGUCUUGGGUGGUAAAUAAUAAACUGUCAGUGGUGUGAUUGUGCUACGUUUUAUUUAUUUAUUUAUUGAGAGUAAAGUGAUGUGUCAGUGAUAGGAUAUCGUGAUACUUGAGAAUUAACACUCUACACAAUAAACAAUAAAUUAUUUAUUUAAAAUAAGUUAAUAAAUAAAUUUAAAUGGAUUAAUUUCCUUGAGAGAUAUAAUUAUUUGAUUUUUUUUACAACGAACAUGUGUAAACAAAUAAUCAGAAGAGCUCGUAAAAAAUAUUCAGAGUUAAUGACAUUUUAAAAUAUACAUUGAGUAUUAUAUUAUAUAAACAAAAAAAAAAAAAUAUAUAUAUAUAUAUAUUUAUAAUUAUUGUAAGGUGAUAAAUAAGUAAAGCCUGUAGGUAAUCCUGAGUAAUCAGGUAGUCGUGUGUCAGUAUGUUUUGUUUUCAGCGUCCAUUUACGCGCACAUCUCGUAACACGGUCACGACCCCUACUACUACAAUGGGCAAACAGCAGACAACGAAAAGCUUGAGCUCAAGAUUUAGUAGACGCGGUUCUGAAGCUAAAAGUGAGGGAUCUGGCUCCUCUUCAAUUCAAUAUAUCGAUCAAGAGAUUUCGGCGUCUACUAGCAGCAGCACCGAUACAUUACCGGGAAUUCAAACAGACUACUUGGAAUCAGAUCCAUUGUCACCUGAUCCAAUUCUACUUGUCACUGCAGAUGAUACCACUACAGCGACACCGACAGUGACAGCAACAACAGUGACGGUAAACGGGAUCCAAGAAGACGUCACAACUACGUCAUCACCGUUGAAACAACAACAACAACAGCAGCAGCAGCAGUUACAGUCACAGUCACAGCUACAGCAAGAAGAGAAGCAGAAGCAGAAGGAACAAAAAAAGGGUAACGGACGAUGGAGGAAAAAAAUACUUUUGCGUCUUAAGACUGAUUUACCAAACUCAAACUCAAAAAAUAAAAACACAAAUGGGAGUUUUUUUUCGCCAUUGUUGAGUAUAUCGACGUCAUUUUCGUCCUCGGCGAAGAAUACAGUUAAAUCAAAAUCAUUGAUGACCAGAAGAGCCGUUGACUCUAAGACUGUUAAAGCGGGAGCUUUCAAGGCUAGUUCGGCCAAUGAUAUACCAUCAUUGUUAAAUGAAUUCAAUGAAGAUGAAGAUGAUGAUGAUGAUGAUGAUGAUUAUGAUGGUGAUGGUGAUGUUGAUGUUGAUGGUGAUGGUGAUGGUGAUGAAGAUGAAGAAGGAGAGGAAGAUGAUAGUUGUGAAGACACUGAAGAAGGUUCAUCAGUACCGUCCAGUCCAGCUGCUGCCAUCUCCCUCGCUGGUUUACCACCCACUCAAGUGCCGUCUUAUUACUCAUUCCUUUCAGUAAAUGGUGGUGCGAUGCGACAAGAAACAACGAGCACCAGUUCGCCACAGUUAUCAACUGGUGCAACACCGGGGUCAAACAAUGAACGGGUAUUACCCUCAGAAACAGCUGAAACAAGCUCGGUGACAGAAGAAUGUUUACCUGUGGGUAUGAGUCUCAAGAAACCCGACACUCUAGAUCCACCAAGUUGUUUGCCUGCCGCACGUUCUUGCCCAAAUCUUGAGCAGCAGUCGACCGGUUGUUCAUCUACCAGUGGUUCUUCUAGCCCUAGUCCAAGUCCUGGACCCGCUGGACCGCGAUACAAACCAGUUACCGAGGGGGACAUUCAAGUCUGCUAUCUAAAUCACACUAGGACGGUUGUCAGCAAAAUAUUGUCCAGUAAAUUUCUCAGACGAUGGGAAACUCAUCAUCUCUAUCUCAACGACGCCUGCCUAUCAUCCAAAACGUUGUUGGGAUUUAUUCAACAACCAAUACCAUACAGUUGCAUGACUGAAGUGUAUGCAGUAACAAGAUGGGAUAUAGCAGAUAAAUAUUGUUUACGAAUCGUUUUGCCAGAUGGAUCAUUAUUACUUCAAGCACGUAAUGCUUAUAUCAGAAAUCAAUGGUAUCAUUCAAUUCUUUGGAAGAAAAAUAUAUUCAAGUAUCAGCAUACAAUCUCGGUGAACCCAAAAAAAGAUAUAAUUCUUAAAGAACUUAAGUCGAUGGUAGAAUUUGCCCUAUGGACUCCUUUGCAACACGAACGAAUAAAUGCAACGCCUUUGGAAGCAGUGACAAAGCUUUUAGACGGUUCGCUGUUGGAAAAAAUGAACGAGAGCCAAAAUAAUAUAAAGGAGGAUGAAGAGUUAUGUGAAAUGGCAAGUUUCAACGAGCAAAGGAACUGGGCGGAAGCUGUACUGGCAGUUGCUGCUCCACUUUUAGAAAAAGUAAUACCACAUCCAUCGUUGGCUAAGGCGUUAUCGAAGCUCACUCAGCAGUAUCCGAAAUCAUCUAUUGUACCAGCAAUAACCCCUGCAAUCACCCGUUACCUAAAGCAUAGUGUUGAAUUUUCUAAUACUCCAGAAAUGCGAAACCUCGUUCAAGUAUUUAUAUACGCUCUUUAUCAAAAUGACGGCGAGCAGUCAGUCAGGGAUUACAUUCGUUAUGUUCACGGUCCUGGCAGCGGUUGUCCGCACCUUCGAAUUAUACCUAAUUUAAUUAAUGCGUGCAAUGGUGCAAUAUUUAAUCGCUUUGUAACUCCUAAGACCGGUCUUAACAUCAGCCAACCUCCACUAAUUCUGCCGUUAGACAGCUAUUUUUUAGCAUUGAUAAUAAUAUCGGAAUACUAUGAUUCGAGAAAGUUUCUAAGUUCAGUAUUACAACCAGUACCGUUUCCCGAUGAUACAUUGAUAAAUAAACAGUUUCAAGAGGCAAUAAUGAAUGUUGUACUGUGUCGAGUGGCUCAAGACACACGUUGUGACGUUCACCGGAUGGUCUUACCAAUGCGUGAGGAACGAAAAGGAUGGAUAUAUGUCGUAGCUCCGUCCAAUCCAACUUGUCCUGAUGAUGGUACUCUGUUUGGAAAAAUGUUGACAACUCUGCUGGGGUGCUGCAAUCGUCGUAAAAAGUUUAUCCAUUCGUUAUUCAAGAAAACUGAAAGUUCAUGUUUGCUUAUGGCAAUAAGAGGAUGCGAUGCAGCCCAAGAAGCUCUUUGUCUCAUGCUAGAGUGGCGUAUUGUCACCAAAGAGGAAGACAAGGUUCAAGCUAUCUCAGCACUGCAGUCAACUCCUUCGGGUAAAGAACGUUACUUAGCUCUCUGUCAACGGCAGACCAAUCUCCAGGAAUUGCAACAAAAAGGUGGUCCAAAGAAAUUAACUCUUCCGGUACGAGCUACGGAUGCUGACGUAGCACAGGUACUGGCUGAUGGUGCUUUUGGUGAUUUAGAGAGUCUCACUUUGGCAUUUACUUCAGUAACAUCUGCAUGCGCUGAACAACUUAUAAAACUACCAGCACUUAAAUCUCUUAACUUAUGGGCGACCCAAUUUGGUGAUGCCGGACUCCAGAUGAUAAGUGAGCAUCUUCAAAAACUUCAAGUCCUCAAUCUUUGUGAAACACCUGUUUCUGACAAGGGCAUAUCUACUCUAACAUCUCUUAAAAAUCUUCAAAAAUUAAAUUUAAACAGUACCAAGUUGUCUGCUCAGACAUAUGAGUUGCUCAAAAAAAGUUUGCCAUCUCUAAAAGAAAUUGACGUACGUUAUACGGAGGCCUGGUGACCCGAACCCAUGCUUCCAGCUCCCAAGAUAAGAAAAUGGAAUAAUAAUUCACGCAAUAAUAUUGUUAAUAAUAAUAAUGAAGUUUAUGAAAAUCCUAAAAGACAAUUAUAAUUUUAGAAUUGAAUGGACGAAUUAAGUUUGAAUGAUUUAAUUAUUAAAUCGCGUGAAAGUUUUUUUAAUAAGUUUUAUAAUUCGAUGCCAACUUAACUUUAUUUAUUUAUUUUUUUAAGACUAAAAAAUUUAAGUUCAAGUUUUUUAAUUAAUUAAUAAAUAUGCGGAUAGUUUAAUUUAAUAAUUAAUAAUAGGGUCGGCGUUUUUUUAAACUGUGGAUGGGCUUUCUUGGACAGUAUUGCCACGGACACCAGUCUGCCUAACAUUAUUAUUAUUAGUAUUAGUAUUACUACUUUGAUUUAUUAAUUAUUUGUAUAGACUCAACAAGUCCGUGUGCAGUUUUAGUCUGAUGAAGAGAGAGACACAAUCGCACAAGUUGUCUUUCAACAAAAAACAAAAAAAUAGUGUAUUGCACACCGAGAAAGGAAAGUAGGACAUUCCAACCCGUGUGCAUAAGUGCCCGGUGGCAAACAAGCUGAUUGGGACGUCCUGCUUUCCUCCGUGGGGUGCAUACUAUUUUUCACCAGAUCUGAAUCUGAUUAAUGGCGCAUGCGCUUAUUUUUAUCAUUAAAGAAAAGUAUGACUUUCUUCCCUCUAAACAGGGCAGAAAUUUAAACUUUCGGUGCAGAUAUAGUGAAAAAACUUUUAUGAAUACAAAUCCAGCGUCUGAGGAUGCCCAACUGCCUUAUUAAAAAUUAUUUGUGACCACUGCCAUACGAAAAAUGCACAGAUUUUUAUCAUAAAACCCGGAUUUAUUAAAUAGUUAAGUAUUCAGAAAAAAA